ACGUAUAUAUAUACGUAUAUUGCAUAAAACGUAUCAUAUAAUUUACUAAGGCAAGAUAAUAAUAACCAGCCGAGCUUAUAUAAUCCAGAUUUAACGUGAUCAUGGCCUUUAUAAAAAAGACGGUCGCUCGUAGCUUUGCGUGUUACGCGAAAGCCUCGACGGAUAACCGAACUCGUCCGAUCGAAAAGCGCGGGUGUGUGCCGCAAUUCCUUGACGAUUUUGAGCUCUGCUGGGCGUAAUCUGCACGGAUUCGUAGACGAUAUUCCGCAAAUUUUUGCGAACGAUCUCAAAGAAUCUGAAUCUCACGAGGAGGAGAUGAAUGGAAAAAAGAUACAUACGAUUUUCGAUCCAUUUUCUACAUCGUCUGUUAACAUAUCAAAAGAUAAUGCAAAAAAGAUCGCAAUAUUGGAAUCGAAAUGCGAGGAGCUGCGUGCUCAAGUCGAAUAUCUAACGAAAGAAAAAGAAAACGCAACUGAGGAGAUAGAACGUUUGAAAGAUCAAAUAUUCAGUCAGAGCACAUAUUGCACAAGCCUCGGAGCAGUAUUAGGUAAUCUGACAUGGCGUGCUUCUAGAUUUCCACAAAUAGUCGACGCUUGGUUAUCGACCUUUCAGAAUAAAAUAGCAGAAUUUUUGUCGAUAGUGAACGGAACCUUCGACGCGUUCGUUGAUACUUAUAGAAGCGCAUUUCCUCCAAUAAAUAAUAUCGAGUACCAAUUUGUAAUGGGGCUCCUCGGUAUCGUUACCAAUAUAUCCGCCAGUCCGGAAGGUCGUGAAUUUUUAAUUACAAAUUCCAGCGGUACGGAAUUCGUGCAGAAGCUAAUUAAGCUAAUGCCCGAAUUGCCGUCGACUUCCGGAGCGGUAUCUUUAAAAAGAUUAAUGUUAAUGAUCCUGUACAAUGUGAGUAUGAAUAAGACCGGUUUGCGAUAUCUGCUCGAGUCGCGAGUAGGAGAUGCGCUAAGUCAUUGUUUGGAGAAUGAGGCGUCCUCGGACGAGAUGCAAUUGCUCUGUCUUCGUGUUCUACAAUCCGUCACUUAUGAUCUCGAAGAACCAAAAUAUAUUCACGAUUUAACUACGAUAAUUCCGAUCCAAAGGAUCGAGACGAUGGUAUCCGCGAAACGAAGCGACAUAAGUAGUGCAGCGAAGCAAGUCGUCAAACAUCUACGACACAGUCAACAAAUUACGAAGUGAUUUCAAAACUAAUUUAUAUUCUGAAGGAGUACGUUAUAUCCAUAAUUUGUAUACAAAUAAAUAAAUAUCGUAUACAAUUUA